UCCGGCCGGCGUCAGCAUGGACCAUGUUUUUCUUCCUGGUUCUUUUGACGCUCGAGUCGCGUUUUAUUACUGGCGAAAUAAAAGACAAGGCGCGAGUACGUCCGUAUAAUGGAGGCGCACUCUUCUCAAAACAUUGAUCAAUCAGAUAGACGAGAUUCCGGUUUUACGACAAUUAAGUCACGCAAUAACAAUAAAAUCUCUCCUACGGAGCCGGAAACACAGUUCUCGUGUUCUUUGUACAUUUCGUGCGCUCAAAAAAGUCUUCAAGAUCAAAAUUAUGAUUGUUGCAAGUUGCUGCAGUCUCAUCUCGAAGAAGCUAUCGUUGCUUCUGAACCGCUAUCGGCUUGGCGUGUGUCCGACACUCCGUGUGGCUUGAUAGCCGCUUUUGUUCGAGAAAAUGACGCCGAAAAACUAUUGCAACGUGCCGAUUUAGCUCGGGUUUUCGGACGACCUGUGCAAGUGGCGAGAUUCUCGGCGAGAGAUUCCCGUUACCGUCAAGCCGUGCUUUUACGAGACGUACCGUGGGCUAUUCCGCUCCAGGAUAUAUAUUCAGCCUUGGAAAAGCAAGGAAUCGUCCCUGCGAACAUUGAGCGUUCACGUCAUUACGUUCGAGUGGAAGUCCUUGAUGCAAAUCAUUACGAAGCUUUGCUGCGUCAAGGUCUGGACUUCUUUGAAGUAGCGCGCUUCAAUGCAAUCCCGGAACGCUGCUGGCGUAGCGGCACCGUACGUAACGCGUAUUCCUCCAAUGUGCUUUCGCGAUGUUCGCCGAUGGACGAUAGGAGUAAUUCUUCAGAUACAUCGAGCGUGUCACAAACAACGGACAGCGUGCUGCAAUGUUACCGGUGCCAAGGUUUCUGGCACGUUGCCGCUAAUUGUCGGCAUUUGCCACGCUGCGUCCGCUGCGGCGAGCCGCACAGCGUCGAGUUUUGUUCCAGACCGCGCAAUAAUCCUGUGUGCUGUCAUUGUUCCGGUCCUCAUCACGCCGGAUAUAGACAGUGCCCAGUUAGAUUGCAACUGUCUAACGCAACUCCUAUGAGCAUUACGUUGAGCACGACUCGUACGGGGAGCCAAUAUUCCGCAAAUAUAAUCAACAAGUCCAACUCCUCGUGCCAUUCUCUGAGACAGGGUCGCUGUUGAAGAUAGUUAUU